UCGGUGAGUGGCAGUCCCGUGUCCGCCGCCAUGCUCGCCUGUCGUCUCCGCACCUGCUUAUUCGCCGCGCUGCUCGUCGCGUUGCUCGCCGAAGCGGCAGCCGCCCCACGUUCGCGCCGACAGCUCGCGGAUGACAACACGCUACAGCCAAUUGAUGAGGAGAAUGAGGAGCUGGAGCGAGAGAAGAGGAAGCUGGAGGGUGUCACACAGGCAAAAUAUACUGUCAAGAAUGCAGUCCUCGGCUUUGUGUUUGGUAAACUGAACUCGUUCAUCGACGCAAAGACGCGACUAGUGGAAUCACUGGACAAGAAGAAUAUCGAGCUCAACAAACAAUACGGUAUCGAGCCGCCACAGAACGGACUAGCGUCACUAACAGGCGUGGUGUCGCAGGUCGUUGGGCCUAAGCUACAGUACCUGGCACCUAAGCUGCAGGCGGCUUCAGGUCUCUUGGGAGGGCUAUCAUCGGGCUCUAGUGGCUCCGGAAGCUCCGGCGGCGGCUCAGGUUGGCGGUACGUCGCACCUCCCGCCCCCAUCGAACACAGAAAAACUCACUACGGAGAGAACAGGGCUCACAUCGAAGACACCAGAGCCCAUUUUGAGGAUGGGAGAGCCCAUUUCGCGCAUGGAAGAGGUCAGUUUGACUCAAGGACACCCCGCGUUGAGGCAGCGGACGUUCGUCACGAGGCCGGGUGGUGGCACAGCGGCAGUCAGACUACAGAGGCAGGCCACGAAGAGUUCCGGGGAUAUCCCAGUGUUCGACCGGAACAAGGUCAGCCUGGAUCUACCGGGGAGCCUGUUUGGGCCUUCCGUCUCACUCCUCAUCAACACCACUAAGACCAUUGGGAGCGUAAUACAGAACUCAGCGGUUCGCUAUCAGACUUUUCUACGCCUGUUUCGACCGCUGUUUCGCGGGCCAUUCGAAAUCAAAGGCCUUGAUCCUCCCGCACCCACCACUACCACAACUACCACCACAACUCUUCCCCCACAACGGGAC